CGUACUGAUACAUAUUAUUUGUCCAGGUCAAUUGUACCUCUUCCAUCAUGGUCUAUUUUUUGUUCUUUUAGUUCUCGAAUUGUGAAUAAGAAUUUCAAAACUGUAGGUACAGAUAUCACACCUACAACACACUCUACACAGACUCUUGCAGAUCAUCCGCUGUACAUUUCUUACUCUUUUUGAAAUGAAUAGAAAUCUGAUUCUGUUCAUAAUCACCAUUGGAUGCUUGUUCGGAUUUUGUACAGGAACAACACUGGAAGAAAAUAGGCGAAGUGUUAACACUUCCGGCGAUGGACUGAAAAAACUGUCAAGACGAAAAAGAUAUAUGGCCUUCCCGGAAGGUUCAUCGUUCUCGGUGGCGUUUUGUGGAACAUUUGGCUACAUUGGCAAUCCAAAUUAUAUUUACAUAAGUUGGGCGCUGAAUUACGGUGUCGCUUAUGAACUUCCGAAUGAAACGUUUGUCAUAAACCAUCAACAUCUAACUAAGCACAAACCGAAGCCUGAAAUUCUUCGGCGACAUCGGCGAGAACUGUACAAUAAAUUAGAGGUCGCAAUUGAUAACAUGGGAUACAAUGGAAGACAAUGCAUUUUACGAGCUCUGUGCGAGAGCACGCAAUAUUUUAACAGCAAAGGAUCAAAUAUGGUGGAGGAGUUGGUGCGUACCGUGUUCACAUUACCAACAACGAAGGUACUAUCAUUCGAGCACAAUACCAUACGAGAGUAUGACCAGGCCCAUCGGAAAGGGAGAAAUAAAAUAUUAUGCCCGAUGGAGUAUCCCGGUUGCAGUUUUUCAUUGAUUGAGUUAGCACUGGGAACGUAUUCGAAUCCAUUAAAUUUUAUGUGAAAUUUUAACCUGUAUUUU